AACAUUAUCGCGAAAUAUAUUUCGACACUAUAUAACGCAAGCAAAAAUUGGAAGGACAUUAAAUCACAUCAGAACUUCAAGUUGUGACAAUCCUCUCGCCGUUUAGCCAAUAAUCUUUCACGAGAUCAACAAUCAUGAAGUGCAUCGCAGCUGUAGUCAUGAUGGCCUUGGCCGUUGUUGCUGAAGGAAAUGUAUUGUCCUACUCGGUCCCAUUGGCAUACUCCGUGCCCAAGACUACUGUUGUUCAACAGAACGUGGCUCCUCGGUACAUCUCAACUGUUCCAGUUACUACUUAUGGUGCUACUCCAAUAACCACCUACGCUGCUGCUCCAGUUGCUCCAAUCACCUACAACGUUCCACAGACCACCGUUGUCCAAUCGAAUGUCGUCCCACGUUAUGUGUCUCCGGUGGCUUACGCCGCCGCCCCAUCGGUGUUGGCCUACAACUCUGUCGAUUCGGAAAUCGUUGAAGCCACCCAAGUGGCCACUCCAGUUGCUACCGUCGUUGCCCAGCCAACGGUGGCCGUCAUUGCCCAGAAGGAAGCACGCUAUGUGGCCGCUAACCGAGGAGCCGUCCAUGAUGCCCCACUCGCUGGACACGCCAUCUCACAGCAGUCGCUCAAUCUGGAACCAGCUGCGGGAACCGUUUGAAGCGUUUGGCUAUAAGUACCUGAUCUGAACUAUGGCACUGAAAAUUGCGAAUUUAGUCAUCACAAAAUCCGAGAGAGUCAAAUAAAGUUCUAGUUGUUCAAAUGACGUAUAGGUGUAUUUUAUUUUUCAAAGCGUCGAACACAAUUUUGAAAAUAUUACAUAUUCGUAAUAAUUGUCCUUCUGCAUGCGGCAAUACUCUUCUUCAUAAUUACCAUGUUCCAUAAGUAUGCAAACAAAAGAUUAGUUAUUGACCAGAAUUUAUUCUUUAUAUUACCUAGGAAAAGCCUGUCAAUUGAAUUUUUUGGACCCAAUAAGCAAAGCGAGAAAGCAAGGCAUUUUUCGAAUUUAUUAACAUCAACGGUUUUGUUCAAAUCUUGCAUUUCAUAUAUCAACCCAGUAAUAUUGCUACAAAA